AUGGCGAGUGUACAUCACUUGGACCACCACCAUUCUUACGCAUUCGUAUUCUUAAGCUUUCUUAUUUCAACGUCUUCCUCAACGUUAUCAUCUACAGGGAGACAUGUGCGGCUCUCGGCAAACAAGGGCACGAUUGUGUCCCCUGGUGACGGUUUCGAGCUUGGGUUGUUCAGAGGCGCUAGCGACCUCUGGUACCUUGGAACAUGGCACACGAAGGGAGAGAGAAGACCCUUUUGGGUUGCGAACAGAGACAAUCCUCUCUUCAGUCCUAGCGCAAUUCUUGAGAUCUCCAACAGUAACCUAGUCCUCCGCGAUCAACCUGGUGGUUCAGUCUGGUCGACAGGAAAUCUUAGCAGUAGAGCAGAGUUGGAGGCAGAACUCCUGUACAACGGCAACUUCGUGCUCAGAGAGGCCAACGACACAGAUAGAAUCCUGUGGCAGAGCUUCGAUUUCCCGACAGACACUCUGCUCCCGGGUAUGAAGUUGGGCUGGGAUCGCAAGAUCAAUCCCGAGAGAAGCUUGAGCAGCUGGAGGGACUAUAACGACCCGACGACGGGUUAUUUCCUCUACGGAGUUAGGCUCGGAAAUCUCCACGAGCUCUUUAUAUGGAACAUAGGUGGGUACCGUCCUGGACCGUGGUACAGAAGCGACGUCGUAACGGAAAUGAGCUACGGGGCUAUCAACAUAAUCGAUGAAGAAGACGAGUACACAAUUUCUUAUGCUAUCACGAAUAGCAGCUUCCCCUGGAUGAUUAGGUUGACGCAGGAGGGAGAUUUGUGGAAGUUUCAGUGGGAUCCAACUUCUAGAGAAUGGAAGGUUUCGCCCCAGGCACCGACCGCCGAAUGCGAUUAUUACUCCAAGUGUGGCCCCGACAGUUACUGUGACGUCAAGGAAGCGCAGAUUUGUUCUUGUAUUCAAGGGUUUAGGCCCGUUGACCAACAAGCGUGGCAAGUGAAAGAUUUUACACUCGGGUGUGAGAGGAAGAGGCCACUUACCUGCAACGAAGAUGUGUUUUUGAAUCUGACGUCGAAAAUGAAUAUGCCAGACAGUAAAAGGACUAUUGCCGUCCCAGAGAUUGGGUUGGAGGAAUGUCACAAGAGGUGUCUUGCUAAUUGUAACUGUACAGCGGUUUCUUAUACAGACACGUAUAAGCCAAGUGGGGGAUGGGGUUGCGUCAUGUGGACGGGAAAGCUCGUCGACCUUCGCUCAAUGGAGCAAGGUCAAGAUCUUUACGUUAAAAUUGCGUCUCCUGAUCUCGGAGGGAAGAACAAAAUGACUAAAUUAACAUUUGGCUUGGCUGCUGGAAUCAGCGUCUUGCUUCUUCUGAGUUUCAUCCUCCUCUGCUUAUGGAUUAGAAAGAAGAAGCGAGCAAGAGAGAUUAAACAAGCUGCUGCUCGUCCCAGGAUAAACCAACAAGACCAUCUCCCAUAUUCUCUGGAUUCGGAAACGGGAACUACGUCUAUGGACUUCGAUACCAUCUCCACGGCCACACAAAAUUUCUCUGAUUCCGCCAAGCUCGGAAGAGAGUCUCUCUCUUUCUCUCUCUCUGUACUUGACGGGCAAGAAAUCGCGGUGAAAAGACUGACCAAGACGACACGUCAAGGGAUUGAUGAUGAGUUCACCAACGAGGUGAGACUGAUCGCGCGCCUCCAACAUGUAAACCUCGUCCGCCUCGUUGGCUUCUGCGUUACCGAGCACGACAAGUUACUCGUGUACGAGUUUCUCCCAAACUCAAGCCUCGACACGUACAUCUUCGACCCAACCCGAAGCCCCAUGCUUGACUGGGCGACGAGGUUCAACAUUACCAACGGCAUUGCUCGAGGCCUUUCAUACCUCCACCAUGAUUCGCGGGUUCGAAUAAUUCAUCUUGACCUUAAACCUGGAAAUGUCUUGCUCGAUCAAGACAUGACCCCGAAGAUUUCGGAUUUUGGGUUGGCAAAGAUCCUGGCAAGGGAUGUGACGGAAGCACGCUCGACGGCUGUUGUCGGCACUUUCGGUUAUGUCUCACCAGAAUACAUGAAUCACAAGGUCUGCUCAGUUAAAUCAGAUGUCUUCAGCUUUGGGGUAAUGCUUCUUGAGAUUGUCAGUGGAAAGAAGAAAAGUAAGUUCCCUAGUCUCAACGACGGAGACGAUUUUCUCAUCCAUGUAUGGAGUCAUUUCACUCAAGGAAAAGGGCUAGAAAUUGUAGAUCCGGUCCUCAAAGACUCAUCCUCAUCAUUUCGGGCAGAUCAGGCCCUCAAAUGCGUUCAAAUUGGCCUUCUCUGUGUUCAAGAACUUCCAGAGGACAGACCAACCAUGUCGUCCGUCGUCCUUAUGCUCGAGAUUCAGAACGUGGACAUUCCGCAGCCGAAAUCGCCCGUUGAGACUGCUUCAAGUUCAUCAUCGACGACAGACCGUGAGUCUUUUACGGUGGCCCAAAUUACCAUGUCCGCUAUUCAAGCUAGGUAA